AUGGAGAAAAGGCUGGGUGUUUUCCUUAUUUGUUGGGUUUCCGUGCAGGGACAGAGGAACUGCUGCUGUCACUUCGAAAGUUGUCAAACCAGUAAAAUGGGGAAGAAGAGUCGGGUAAAGACUCAGAAAUCGGGCUCCGGAGCCACAGCUGUGGUUGCCCCCAAAGAAAUGAUGAACCUGAUUUCUGAGCUGCUCCAAAAGUGCAGCAGUGCAACGCCCUCUGCUGGUAAAGAGUGGGAAGAGUACACACAGAUCAGAGCUCUGGUGGAGAAAAUACGCAAGAAGCAAAAAGGCAUUUCCAUCAUAUUUGACGGCAGCAGAGAGGAGCACUUCUCAGACUUACUGGCCUGGGCUCAGGACUGCGGAGCCUCCACUGAUGGGUUCACUGUGGCGGACUUUGGGACGGAGGGAUUCGGUUUGCAAGCAACCAAGGACAUCAAGGCAGAGGAGCUGUUUCUGUGGAUUCCCAGGAAGAUGCUGAUGACUGUGGAAUCAGCUCAGAGCUCCAUCCUGGGUCAUCUGUAUGGUCAGGACCGGAUAAUGCAGGCCAUGGGAAACGUGACGCUGGCUCUCCACCUCCUGUGCGAGCGCUGUACCCCCACCUCUCAUUGGCUCCCCUACAUCCGCUCUCUGCCCUCGGACUACGACACGCCGUUGUACUUCCAGCAGGACGAGGUGCAGCUGCUCCAGGGAACACAGGCCAUCGCAGAUGUCCUGAGCCAGUACAAAAACACGGCUCGGCAAUACGCCUACUUCUACAAACUCAUGCAGACUCAUCCCGCCGCCAGCAAACUACCCCUGAAGGACAGCUUCACAUUUGAUGACUACAGGUGGGCGGUGUCUUCAGUGAUGACGCGUCAGAACCAGAUCCCCACAGAGGAUGGCAGCAGAGUGACCCUGGCCCUGAUCCCUCUGUGGGACAUGUGCAACCACACCAAUGGCCUGAUCACCACUGGCUACAACUUGGAAGACGAUCGCUGUGAAUGUGUGGCUCUUCGCGAUUACAAAGAGAAUGAACAGAUCUACAUCUUUUACGGCACGAGGUCGAACGCAGAGUUCGUCAUCCACAACGGCUUCUUCUUCCAGGACAACGCCCACGACAGAGUCAAGAUCAAACUGGGCGUCAGCAAGAGUGAGCGGCUGUACGCCAUGAAGGCCGAGGUGCUGGCCAGAGCCGGCAUCCCCGCGUCAUGUGUCUUCGCCCUUCAUUGUAACGAUCCACCGAUUUCUGCCCAGCUCCUUGCCUUUCUGAGAGUUUUCUGCAUGACUGAAGAGGAGCUGAAGGACUACCUGCUUGGAGAAGGAGCCAUCAAUAAGAUCAUCACUCUGGGCAAUAGUGAUUUCCCCGUUAGCUGGGAGAACGAGAUCAAGCUGUGGACUUUCCUUGAGACCAGAGCCGCGCUGCUGCUGAAAACCUACAAGACCACCACUGAGGAGGACCGGUCCCUUCUGGAGAAGCCCGACCUGUCCUUGCAUUCCCGCGUUGCCAUCCAACUGCGCGUGGCCGAGAAGCAGAUCCUGGAGAAAGUGUCGGCCAGCGGCCGAGACAAACGCAUGCAGUUUGAGAAAAAGAAGGCAGAGGGUGCCCCGCUGCCCCGGUACGAGGAGAGCGACAUCGCUCUGCUUGAGAACUCUGAUGCGGAAGGGAAACUGCCCAUCCUCCUGCGUCAGCUGGAAGAAGUCCAGGAGGAAGCUGUGCAGGAGGAGGAGGAGGACAAUCGCCUAAUGAACGGAGACAAGAGCGCAGAGAGUGUGGUGGAGAAAGGUAGCAAAGAUGUUAAUUCAAAUUUGGACUUUGAGGGAAAGUCUAUUGAAUCGUCCAAAGGCCAGAAAGAGGAGGCCAAUCUAAGUGCCAGUCGGACUGAAGAAUGA